AUGUUGAUAAACACAGUGAAGACGGACUAUCGUAAAUACCUUUCCCAAUCUACUGUACUACCUGAAUUGAAACAAUGUGCCCCGAUAUCUAGUGGACGCUUUGACAAUCACAACUGUGACAAAGAAGCUGCGUUGAACCGAUCCAAUGCUGCUCGAAUCGGAGCUCAAGCAGCCGCUUUUGCUGCACGACGGGCUUUGAAUUAUAAAAAAACACGUGAUCCGAUGCCUGGGAUUGCGUCAUCUGUUCCACAGGGCGGUGUGACGGGAGGUGAUUUGUGUCUCUGCGUGUGCCCCGUCCAUGGAAAUGUAUGGAGCUCCGAAUGUGUUGAAAAGUAA